GGGAAACAUGCUCCCUCUAAACCUCUCCAUUCCUUUAGACACACGCAAACACUAUUUCUAUAGGCGAUACAUACGGGCCUAUGCAGCCUGCCAUUUUUUAGCUCCUCCCAUCGACCCCAGCGCUCGCAAAGCAUUAUGGGAUCGUGAGAUUUCUCUGUGUCUCUAUCAGGACGUACGCGAGAAAGGGAACUCCGUUCAGUUCAGGCGUGGGGAAGUAUCUUCGGCAAAAGCCCAACACUUUCAACUGCAUCCUUUUCUUCUUUUCUGGAUAAGAUAAAGUCAAGAUGCCUGCUGAACCCCCUGAACCGCCGGCAGACAAGCCCUUUGCCGCGAAGUGCACGAAGGACACCAUCAACCUGGUAUGGGCUGGCACCACCUAUGAUGGCGGAAGUAUUGUGACGGGCUACCUUGUAGAGAUGAGCGACGAUGGUGGCAAGAAAUGGAAGAAUGUCGCCGAUAACGUAUUCAGUACUAGCUAUGCCUGCAAGGGGGUUAGUGACAGCAAGAAAUAUCAAUUCCGGGUCAGCUGUAUAAACGCCAUUGGAAAGUCGAAACCCAGCGCCAUCUCGGAUCCAAUCCAACCAUCUGAAAACGCUGACGAUGAACUGGACGAAGAAAACGAGCCUGAUGAAGCAGCAUUCGAGCCCAGGGACGUGAAAGUUCAAUCUAAGAAUGUCAAAGAGUCGUAUGAAAUCAGAGAGGAAUUGGGAAAAGGAAAAUUCGGUACUGUAAAUAAAUGCGUGGAAAAGAAGACGAAAAAGAUUUUGGCUGCGAAAUUCAUCAAAGCUGAAAAACCAGAAGACAAGAAAGAGGUGGAACAUGAAAUUGAAAUUAUGAUGAUUCUCCAGCAUCCCAAAUUACUCCAACUUUACGAUGCAUUCGCAAGCGGACCGAACAUGGUUAUGAUUCUCGAAUAUGUUUCAGGAGGAGAAUUAUUCGAUCGCGUAGUCGACGAGGAAUUCGAAUUGACGGAGGCUGUAGUUGUUUUCCUGAUGAGGCAAAUAUGUGAAGGAGUCAAGUUUAUGCAUGAAAAGAAAGUUCUACAUCUAGAUAUGAAGCCCGAGAAUAUCCUUUGUGUAAGAAAAAACAGCAACAAAAUCAAAAUCAUCGACUUCGGUCUUGCCCAGAAAUAUACUAAAGGACUACAGGUAUCAUGCGGAACACCGGAAUUCCUUGCCCCGGAAGUGGUUUCAUAUGAUGAUGUCGCUUACGGAACAGACAUGUGGAGUGUGGGUGUCAUCUGUUAUAUCUUAUUGAGUGGAUUUUCACCGUUCAUGGGUGAUAAUGAGGGAGAGACGAUGAGUAAUAUCCUCAAAGUUGAAUGGGAUUUCGAUGACGAGUGCUUCGACGAAAUUUCAGAUCUUGCAAAGAAAUUCAUUGAAAACCUACUGCAAGAAGAAAAGGAUGAUAGACUGUCAGCUAAACAAUGCUUAGAAGCUGAAUGGCUAACGAAGAAGAAUGUAGGUACUGGUGCAGCUCUAUCUAAGGCUAGGUUGAAGAAAUACAUCAUCAAGAGGAGAUGGCAGAAAGCUUUCAAUGCUGUAAGAGCCAUGAUACGUGUAAAGCGAAUUAUCUAAGUGACAUCACCACUGAUUUCAACACGCGUUUACAAGAACGAGCGAGUGAGAUUGUACAAUGAGUAUUUCAUCAGUUGUCAUGGAUACAUUCUUCGGCACAAGACCCCGCCCACCUACUCAGAAAGGGCCGGAUUCUUACUGCACUUGUCGUCCAAAGACAAUAUAAUUUCAACCGCUGAUGGAGUUCCUUCUUCCAAUAUUAGAACGGACGUGGAGGCAUUCACUUUGAAGUCAGGAUGGCGGCAAUCGGAAUGAAACGAGAUGAGAAACAGAUUUAACAUAUUCCAUUUCUUAGGAAACAAAAGUGACUUUGGAUCUCUGCUAUUAGAUCAAAUCUAAAACUCCUAUCAUGUACUUAUGUAAUCAAUUUCAACCAACACGCUAACCUGACUUGAAAAUGUUUGCCAGUUUUUAUUUUUGAAGUUGACAUGUCGAGCACAAUCGAUUUUCUUAUUGCCAGGAUGAUUCGAUGUUGUUAUUAGCUUUAUUAUUUAAAUAUUAUCUUGUGAUGGAUGAGGAGUAUUCAUUUUGAUUGAGGGAUCGAUCUCUCAUUAAUUCCAAGGCCUUGUUACCCCAAAACUCAGUAAUUAAUUUAUGAUGGAUUUUUACGAUUGAUUUCAUUGGUAGUUAUAUUAUCACCGAUCAAUAUUGGUACACUGUAUUACGGAGAUAAGAAUGCGAUAAUUGUCAAACAAAUUAAUUAUGAAGAAUAAAAAAAGCUAUCAUAAUGAUUUAGUUGGAGAGAAAGAGAGUACGGUUUAAAGUACAAUAUUGAGGGAGCGUGACAUUUUCAGAGGGAGAGAGAGAGGGGGGGGGGGGGGGUAAAGGAGACGGGCUGGUAAAAAAAGUUUCAUGCUCAAUUAUAUAUGAUAUCCCAAAUAUUUUCAAUCAUUGGUCAAUAUUGAUGUUCAAAUCCAUUACCCAAAACAUGUUUAUAUUUAAUUACCAGAUAACAUUUGGACAAGCAUUACGAGUAUCAUUUUCAAACUUCUGGCAGUUUCCUGCCUUAAACGACGUUCAGCAUUUUGAUGCUUAAAAUUUGAGAUGGCUAACUUUGGAAGACCUUUCCAACAGUUAUUUAAUUGGAACUGUUUAUAAAGAGGAGAGGGCUUGUCUGAACAGUAAUGUUCUGAUAAUAAUGAUUUGAAAUGUGUUCAGUGGAUUUUCCCCAUGUAUUUUAGUGGUUCGUAUUAAGAAGUGCGGAUGGUCCACAAAACACGUACCUCUCUUUUUAUAAUGGAAUUUGCUAGAUGCAAAACUUUCCAUGAUUGAUUUAUUGAUUUACAUUUUGAUUUUAUUGCUCUUGAGCAAACUGAGUGAAAGACUAGAUUUUUUAAAAAUGCAUUUAUGAUUAAAUAUUUGUAUUCAACAGCUGUCUAAAUCUGAAAAUGCUAACAAUCCUGAAAUAAUGGCAUACAACAUUGUUUUAUUUCAACCUAUUUCAAUCUUUUUCAAUCUAUUUCAAUCUUUUCAACCAGUUUAAACCUUUUAUAAUGAUUCUAAUAAUAACACAUAACGCGUCAAAACGUGUAAAUGCCUUACAAGCGACUUUGGGUUUCAUCAUGACAACAUAACCCCCCACAUUUUUUUCUGAUAUUGUUUAAUUCGUCAUCCCCAUAUCUUUCCAGUAAUCAAUCGGAUGGAUACUGAAAAAACAACCCGAAAAACGCACGAAAUAAUUUCUUCUUUCCAUUGUUCUUUUGUUUUCUUUCAUAUUUUGUGAUGUAUUUUAUCAUUUUUACGUGAAAGUUAUAAAAAUCAUUAAGGGACAAAGUGAUUUUUAAAUGUGAAUUUGUGGUUUUGUAGAAAUUUUGUUGGAGUCUUCCAUAUCUUAGUGUGUAUUGAAUACCUGCAGCAAGUUAGAUGUCUCGAAACUUGAAUGUACAGAUUGAACUGAACAGAUAAUCAACAGGGAACAUUGUGCCAUAGAUAACCAUGUGCAUUAUAUGUUGUAGAAUUCUAUGUGAAAAUGAAACAUCAAAAUGUCUGUCUGAUAUUUUAAAGAAAAAUAUGAACAAAAAUUGCAAAACGAAAAAAAAAAUAAAGAGAGGAAGAGAAAAAAAAAUCAGAGGAUAAAAUUAUGACGCACAUGCUGUGUAGAUAGUCUCAUUUUCCCAGACCUGCACCGGUGCACGUAGGUAGAGAAAACGAUAGUGGAAUGCAUUGAGUACAUUACAGGUGUGGCUACUGUGGAAAGCCCCUCUAUAAAGGACUGAUUGAAGAAAAUAAAAUAUAAAGGGAACUCGAGAUCAAAGUUGGGCGAACUUUAAGGAAUGCUCUCUUUUAGCGGGCGACUAAAAUUUGAGUUUUCAACACCACGAAAGGAUUUUCAGCACAGUUUAUUACUAACUAAGGAUUUCGAAGGUUGAACAAAUCAGUGCUUAGCGGAGAUAAGUCAAGUUCCGAGUCAGGCAGGCGUGUCUAUUAAUGUUUUUAGUCAUUGCAUCUUGGCUGUCAGUCGCUGGAGGUGAUUGUAUCGCGUGAAUUGACAGUGUUUGAUAAAGGGGUUUUUCCACAACCAAUUAUCUAUUGAUAGAACUAUUAUAGAGUCUCAUUCCAACUGACUAUUGUAAUGAAUAUGAAAUAAUGACUAUGUGUAAUAGCCGGUAUUUACACACUUCUCUACUUUCUUGUAUCAGGCUUUUGGGUAUGCUGUGCUUCAUAUAACAUAUCUUUCUUAACAGUGAAAUAGAGAAGAAAAUUAUAUAUGUUUAUCUUUAUUUUGAAUAGUUAUUUCUCGAAUCAGAUGCCAUCAGUUUGUAAACGGAAGCCUAACAUCUGACACGGCCAAUGUCUAGUUGUACGCAAUGUAUUAAAAUGAUUGUAUAAAAAAACUGGCAAUGGUUCCUGGCUUACCCAAAUAAGUUUAUUUUAUACUGAGGUAUUCCGUUGAAGUUUUCGUGUACAUGUGAACAGACGAAGCGCAUCCUAUAUAACAAUGAUAAUGGCAGUUUAUCAACGGGAUUGAAACUAGAAUUUCUUGCAGUAUAGAUACUUGAUUAGUGUCACAUUUUUAGGUUGCGCUUGUUGUGCAUUUUUUGACAUUUUUUUCUUCAAAGAGAUAAAAGCCAGCUGGAAGGUAACAUAACGAAAGCCCCUUUUCUGGCAAAUGUAUAGUCAUCUUUAUACUUGUAUACAUUCAAUAUGUGCCUAUUUAUUAGAUAGAUAUGUAAUUUUGAAAAUAUUGUGUAUAAUAUAUCAAGUUUGGAAUAAAUGUCUAUACAGACAUUUUGUAACAUUA